AGGAAGUCAUGAUUACCACAGUCCACCGCUUAAGUUUCCACAUUGUUGAUUAUGUUUGUUCACGUUUCCAAACGGACAUUUGCCAUCAACAUGAAGAUAGUGUAUCUGAUUCUGCUUUUCUGUGAAAGUCUUCAGCUCCAGUGUGAUAAAGCAAAGGUCACGGCGCAUGUUGGAGAGGAAUUCACUAUCUUCUGCAAAUAUGACACAAUGUACGUUUACAGUAAAAAGUACUGGUGCCGAGGUCAGUCCAGAGACACUUGUGAAAUUGUGGCGGAUUCAGAGCGUGUGAAGAGACACAAAUCAUUUGUGAUAGACGGUGGAAGAAGAGGGCUGCUUGUGAAAGUCACAGAUCUCCAGAUUGAUGAUACUGGAGUGUACUGGGUUGGGUUAGACAAAAUAUAUGCUGACCUCAUGACUCCAGUUAGUGUACAUGUCACUGAAGUUCCAGUAUCUAAGCCCAGACUUUGGCCCUUGAGAUCUCUGGUAGACAGGCCAACAUGUUGGGGGCAACCAGUGACCGUGCGCUGUGGCUGUGACGAGCGGACGGGCAUUCAUUGCGCCUGGUAUCAACGGACACAGCACAAGGACUUUCUUCUUCCCCUGUCACCUGACUUGUAUCUAAACUGCGGCACAGUGGAAGAGGACAGUGAUUAUUACUGUGUUGCCAGGAAUGACAUUAGCACUCAGGAGAGUGAACCCCUCUCUGUGCAGGUUCUCACGCCUGCACAGAGAGACUGUAUCUAUGUCGUGAAUAUGCAGGACCAACCCGUUUAUGACUGCACAGACAGAAUGAGCACCACCAUGGCCUCAACUCCACCUGUGGCAACCUAUGAAGUGAAAAUCCACUCCACCACAAGAAACCAGUCUUUACUAAUCAACCAAACUACUCAAGAUCCACUUCUAAACAGGUCAGGCUCUCAUCACUUUGAUGGUCAAGUAUUAUGUGACUUUAAACCAGACUCUAAACAGUUGUUUUAUUUUUUCAGUGCAAGUCGAUGGCUGCCACUGUGGUAUACGUUAAUACGCUGGGGCUCUUUAACAUGUGUGCUGAUAUUUCUGUGUAUAGUUCUUACAUAUACAAAAACAAGAAAACCCAAGAGGAGGAAAACGGUACAUUUCAAGCAAAUGGCCCACUUGGCUCAGUGACCUGCAUUUCACAAUGGCAGGUUUUUGAAAGCAAUAUCAGCCAGGGUCAUUGGAUUGGGGGGGUUUCUUGUUUACCAAGAUGCUUUGCUAUCAAGUAAACAGCCUGUGAAGGGCCCUAAUGUCAGCAAGUUAAUUUUCUUAUUCCAGCAUUUAACAAUACAGAUUUCUUGAGUUGGUUUGUUGGUGUUGUUGUUUUAUGGUAGUUGGCCCCCCCUUAUUGUUACGUUAUUGCCUCCUCCUUUUAUCCUUCCCCUUAUUUAUUUAUUUCAUGUCACAACUAUAACACACAAAUAAUUCAGCUGCCAGGUGUUAAAGUAGAGCAAAGAGACAUAAUCACAUUACUCCUGUUUUAGCAUCUUUAUACAAGCUCUGAGUUAUA